AGAGGCGGGCGGCGGCGGCUUGGCGCAGCGCGGUCCAGGCGAGGCCGGCCAGCAGCAGCAGCAGCAGCUCGGCGGCGGCCAGGUGCGCGUGCUGGGCCCAGCUCCGGCGGCUCCGCUCCCAGCCACAGUCCGCACAGCCCCGCGCCGCGUCCAGCAGGCUCCGGUAGCUCCGCUGCAGCAGCUGCGCGUAGCCCGGCAUGGGCUCCGGCCCGGGCCCCGGCGCCAUGCCUGCCCGCUGCCCCCGCCGCCGGGCCCGCGGGGGACCCUCGCCCGGCUCCUGCCCGCUUGCCCGCCUGCCUGGCGCGCACGUCACCCACAGCGGCAGGGAGGGGAGAGGAGGACGAGGAGGAGGAGGAGGGGAGGGGCCCCGCCGGCUGUCUCGGGGCGGGGGGAGGAGGGUGGCCAGCACCGAGGGGGAAGAGGAGGGGGGGAGGUGCCCUGCGGGCCGCUGGGGCAGGAGGUGGGGGUGAGGGUGGUAGGAAGAGCAGGGUGGGCAGCACCGCGAAGGAAGAGCAGCUGGGGGAGAAGGAAGAGGGAAGGCGCAGGCUCCGCCCCCUGCCCCGCCCCCUGCCCCGCCUGUAUGCUCCCCAAAGUGGAGGGUGGCGACCCGUACACAAACUAGCUACUGCCACUACCCUUAGAAGCCCCCUUUUCCGACGGGGAAACUGA